AUGGCGUUGUUACAUGAAGCAAUUGCUGGGAUAGUUAAUAAAUUUAAUGUGAAGGCGUUAAAUCGCUUUCAAAUGGAUGCUAUUACUAAGUUUGUUGAUGGAGAAGAUAUUUUUAUAAAUUUGCCAACAGGCUACAGCAAAUCGUUGAUUUAUCAGUCUUUGCCGCUAGUAUAUGAUGCGAUUUUAAAAUCACCUGGUCACAUUGUUGCUGUUGUGUCACCGUUGAUAAAUUUAAUAGCAGACCAGGUUAGUUACCUUGAAAGCAUUGGUGUCUGUGCUACCUGUCUAAAUGCUAUGGUAAGGGAAGAAGAUAAAUUAGGUCUCGAACAAGGCAAAUUCUCUAUCGUAUAUGGAACACCCAAAGCCUGGCUUACAAAUGAACGUUGGAGAUCAAUGUUGAACAAUUCUACGUAUUCAAAGAAGCUAUGUGCCAUAGCCGUUGACGAAGCCCAUGUCAUUAAACAAUGGUAA